AUGCCAACCUAUCGUGUCUGUCUUGGAGACAACAAUUCGCCACUUGUAUCCCUCUAUAUUCAGCAGUGGGUGGAAACUGGACCGGCAGUAAAUGUUGGGUGGCUGUUGGCCAGAGUCAACCCUCUCUGUCCGCUCGAGAUUCUCUCUCUGGACGUUGCCGAGCAACCGGUUGCCACGGCACCAGCCAAUCAGAUGCUGUCUCUCUCUCCCUCGUCUCUGGAGCUGAUUGAUACUUGUAUCACUGAACUACAGUCACUAUGUAACCACACCUCCUCAUAAUUAUUGUUGUCACUUUCUCUACUGAUUUAAAAUUUAAACUUUGCAAGGGAACGUGGCACAUGCUCAAACACACCACCGUUGAUCUUUUAUCCCAUGUCGAAGUUUUUAUCAUUCUUUGCCAAAGAGCCAGUUACACGGAAUCGAUUUUAAGUUAACCCUUUGGACACGAUAGAACGAGACAACCUAAAAAUAGCAUUAU